AUGCCUCCUCCUGCAAUGUCUUUCAAACCCCCGAUCGAGCCCAUCGAUGCCCCCAAGGUCGGGACAGGUGGCUAUGUCGGCCUCAACCCUCACUCCGAGGUACUCCCCGCAGGCUGGAAAUCUGACCAUCCCAAAUCGCGUGCGAUACCCUCAGAUGUCCUUGUUGAGCACGAUGUUCCCAUCACAAUGCGUGAUGGAGCCAUCCUCCGAGCAGACGUCGUCAGACCGCCGGAUAGCGACGAGCCUGUCCCGGCAAUUGUUUGCUGGUCUCCCUUUGGCAAGAAGUUCAAUGGGCUCAUGUCGCUAGAUCUCAUGGUCCCCUGGGACCUGGGGAUCCCUGCAGGCACCUUGUCUGGCCUGGAGAAGUUUGAAGGACCUGACCCAGCUAACUGGGUACCCAGAGGCUACGCUGUUGUGAACAUCGAUUCACGAGGUACAGGCGAUAGCGAAGGCGUCAUGGUCAUCAUGGGCACUCAAGAGGCCGAGGAUGGAUACGAUGCCAUCGAAGCCAUUGCCAGGAUGCCUUGGUGCAGCGGCUCCGUCGGACUUGCAGGAAACUCGCACCUCGCCAUCGUCCAGUGGUUUAUCGCGGCACUGAGGCCGCCAAGCCUCAAGUGCAUCGCUCCCUGGGAGGGCUGUGGAGAUCUCUAUCGCGAGCAGUUUGCUAGAGGUGGCAUUUACGCCGGUGAUCUCUUUGACAAGCUCAUUGUCAAGUACAUGCUGCAAGGCAGGCAUGGUGUAGAGAGCUUCCGAGAGAUGUUCAAACAACACCCCCUCGCCAACGCCUGGUGGAACGACAAGCGACCGGACAUGAGCAAGAUCAACAUUCCGACAUACAUCACAGGAACCUGGACCAAUACAAUGCACGGUAUGGGCGCCAUUCGGGGCUGGCUCGAGGUCGACACGCCUGACAAGUGGCUGCGAUGGCAUCCCUGGCAGGAAUGGUAUGACCUGUGGGGAAACCCGCAAGCACAAGAAGAGCUCUUUUCUUUCUUCGGCCAUUUCCUGAAAGGCAACGAUAAUGGCUGGGAGAAAACACCGCGUGUGCGCAUUGCGGUGUUGAGGUUUGGCAACAAGGAGCCACAGUCCUACGAGAACAUUGUCGAAGAGGAUUUCCCACUCCCAAGAACAGAUUACAGAAAGUUGUUUCUCACAUCGGAAAAACGUCUUGUGCCUACACCUCAGCACUCUUCGCUACCGUCCCAUGUCUCAUACAACUCGGAAACAGACGACCGCGCCGAGUUCACCUACGUAUUUGAAGAAACAACCCGGCUUGUGGGACUUCCCAAAGCCGUGUUAUACAUGGCUUGCCCGACUUACGAUGACAUGGAUGUUUUUAUCCUCUUGGAGAAGCUGGAUGUACAGGGAAACGUCAUGUUCAACCUUAAUAUCCCGUGGAGCUCAAUUACCGUUUCAUCAUUUGACGACAUGGAGGAUAAGGACAAAACCGAAGUCGUCCUGUACCGGGGGCCAUUGGGGAUCUUGAGAGCAUCGCAUCGAGCCAUUGACGAGGACCGAAGCAUGCAUCCACACUGGCCGUUCCACCCCCAUGAGAAGGAGGAGAAGAUCGCGCCCGGCGAGAUUGUGAGGCUCGAUAUAGGGAUAUGGGCCAUGGGAAUCGAGUAUGAGGCGGGGGAGGCGCUUCGCGUGGUUAUUAGCGGACGCAAUCUGGGCGUCAGUAAUUUUGGAACCUUGGAGCAUAUGAAGAAUAAGGGUGUGCACAGGGUGUAUUGCUCUGAGGAAUAUCCAAGCCAUCUAGUGCUGCCUUUUGUCUAG